AUUAUUGUACUCAUUAUAUCCCGUCCAGUUUCAGUUCAUUUAUCUGUUUUUAGUCCAAAGAACGAAAAUUCGUUCUCAUCGGCCCUCACAUAUUUGUUUUUUUUGGUGACACUGCGUUUAAAAGGAAAAAAUUUUAAUUUGUAUAAAAUAGGCGUGCUUUAUUUUAGAGAAAUAUAAUAGAUACAAACUUAAUAUGUCUGAACUUCAGUCAUCUUUACUGCUAAAGAAACAAUUGGCUGAACUAAACAAAAAUCCAGUAGAAGGUUUCUCAGCUGGAUUAAUUGAUGAGAAUGAUAUAUUCCGCUGGGAAGUUCUAAUAAUUGGUCCACCAGAUACACUUUAUGAAGGAGGCUUUUUUAAAGCACAUCUUUAUUUCCCCAAAGAAUAUCCUUUGCGUCCACCUCGAAUGAAGUUCGUCACAGAAAUUUGGCACCCUAAUAUUGAAAAAAACGGAGAUGUCUGCAUUUCGAUUUUACACGAGCCUGGAGAUGAUAAGUGGGGAUACGAAAAAGCAUCAGAGCGCUGGUUACCCGUUCAUACAGUGGAAACUAUCUUGAUAUCAGUGAUAUCAAUGUUGGCUGAUCCCAACGAUGAGUCUCCAGCAAAUGUAGAUGCCGCCAAAGAGUGGCGAGAAUCUUAUCCUGACUUUAAACGCAAAGUAGCUCGCUGUGUCCGAAAAAGUCAAGAGGAGUGCUCGUAGAAGGUGGAUUUGCCCUAUAUUUGUAUAUUUAUAUUAAAAAUUUGAUACAUUAAAAAGAAUAACUGAAUUAACA